UUUCCUGUUAAUCAGGUCACAUGUUUAGGUCUUCUGGGGUUUAUGAUAAAAACAGCAGCAUUACUAAAAGCAGCAAAGUCCAAACAGCAGCUGCUUAUUGACGAAAGAAAACUAGACAGCUGGUGGAACAAUAUAUUGCUUUGUCAAGAAGAGUAAGGUCAUGGGGAUUCAUCACUCUAUAGUGAUUCUGCUACUGGUCCUGUGUGCCUCAUUGUCCACUUAUGGCCAAACAGAAGAAGUAAAGGAGCGUUAUAAGAAAUUCAUCAGGCAGCAUGUGUUUGGCACCAUGACUGCCCAGAGAUGUGACAGCGAGAUCCGCACGAGACGCAUCACAGGAUCCCUAAAUGACAACAGCUGCAAAGAAGUCAACACCUUCAUACUAGCAAACAACAAACAAGUUAAAGCAGUUUGUACCGGGGGAGGUACUCGACUCCCUGAAAACAGAGACUUGUAUAUGAGCAACAAGCCAUUUCCUGUAGUUACAUGCACAUUGAUUAGUGGAGAGAGACACCCCAAAUGUGAAUACAGAGGACACAGGUCCACUCGAAAAAUUGUUGUGGGGUGUGCUGGCGAUUGGCCAACGCAUUAUGAAGAAGGCGUCAUUGUAUAGUUUAGCUUUGUAUUUACUGUUCCUUUAUUAAUUGUUCAUUUUUAUUAACAAUGUUAUACGUUGUUUACUAUUAAUCAACUGUUAUAUAAUCAUGUCAAUAAAUAAACUCAGAUAAUUAUUAGCUAUUAAUGUGCAGUAGCUUAUACACUGAGCAGUAAUGUGUAUGCAGUAGGAAAAAUAAAAUCUGUUGUGUUUUUAAACUUA